UUGGUUAUAUUUUACCGGGUGAAUAUGCUCGUUCAAUAUUAGCCACUGAAAUUGAGAAGGAAAAGCCAGCCCAACAACUAGAAAAGGUUUUUCAAACUAUUCCGAAUGCCGAGCCCAAUCCGAAUGAUUCGGAAAAACUUAAAUUAGAAAAAUCAAUUCUUAAAUUACAACGAGAAAUUCAAAAAGAUUUAGAAAAGUUUCCGAGAGAGGCAGAGCAGGAAAAACAAAAAGAGGAGUGGUUAAAAAUAUUAGAAAAGAAGUCACAUGAACAAUAUAAUGUCAUCGAUUUUGGAUCGACCGAAAGUAGCAGUCCUGAAUUUCUCCAAAAAAAAGUCGCAGAAAUCUGCAAACAAGAAAAAAAUUACGAGGAAAAACUAGAAGGCUAUUCACCGACUAUUUGGUUAAAAAAUAUUGAUAAAAUCACUAAUCCGGAAUUAGAAAAUGAACUGGUGAAAAUAAUUGACCCAAAACAAAAUACUAAUUUGGGAAAACAACAAGUAGAAAGAAGUUUUUAUUUUCUUGAAAAGAAAAUCAGAAUAAACAAAGUAGAAGAAAUUAUCGACCUAUCCCAAUUUACUCUGGUUGCCACCACCUCCGUUUCUAAUCCAAAAUUAUCGAACAAAAUUAAGGCGGA